AUGGAACUGGCUGGGGCUAAAUCCUGUUUCAAGUAUCUCCAAAAUCUGGGCAUAAAAGUUUCCACGUUUGUAAGCGACAGGGAUGAGGGCAUCGCAAAAUGGAUACGUGAAAGCCAACCUGACACUCGCCAUUUCAAUGACCUAUGGCAUGUCGUGAAAGGAAUCACAAAGAAACUAAUAAAAGCUGGAAAAGAGAAAGGAAAUGAAAAGUUGCUGGUGUGGGUGAAAGCUAUCCGUACUCAUUUGUACUGGUGUGCCCUCCCUACAAAGCAAGGUUUUGGUGACCUGAUUAUAGCAAAAUGGAAGUCUGUGAUCAGACAUAUUGCAAAUCUCCAUACCAACCAUCCAGAUUCCCUUUAUGCUAAUUGUCCUCAUGGGCCACUUGAACCACGUGACUGGAUUAAACAAGGUGAUCAUGUAACUGUAGAUAAUAACUCAUUAUUUUGCAGCAGUUCAUUUGAUGAGUAA